CGCAAAUGAUACGCGCAAGUGGGUUAACGGGCGUUCAGGCAUCACGUGUCUGAGUUGCGCAUGCGUGCGUGUGUUGCAGUCCGUCGGACGUGCACGCGCAUUGUCCCGAUCGCUGGUCAUCUUCAUCCUCACCGACAAAGUCGGACGUUCCGCUGCGGAGGAGACGCAAGCUACCGUCGGCCCGAGAGCGCCGCCUCCGCCCCCUCCCCGCGGGAUGCCCGCCGGACGUCGCCCGGCGCGUCCACGCCCGUCGCACUGACCCUUCCUCGAACCCCAGCCCGAACCUGGCCGCCCAUGGCUUUGGCUUCGAGAAGAUGGAGGCUUCUGCUGGUGCUCAACGCGCUGGCGGCGGCCGGGAUCAUGACGCUGUGGAGCCGCUGCGGCGGCGGAGAGCGCGCGCCGGCGCAGGUUUCGGACGGGGUCGAGCGCAGGAGGCCGAGCCGGGCCAACGGGACCGCCGGCGUCAGCCAGCAAGUGCUGCUCAAGAGGCUGAGCUCGCUGGAGGACGUCGUGUACAGGCAGCUGAACGGUCUGUCCAAGUCUCUGGGCCUGACGGAGGGUUUCGGGGGCCGGGGCGCCGGCGGCCUGCCCGCCAGCCUUUCUCCGGGUGAGGAGGGCGACGCCAAGUACCUGAGGGACAAAUACGGCUACGACGCCUACCUGAGCGACACCAUCUCGCUGGACAGGAACAUCCCCGACCACAGACCCACCAGUUGCCGAGAGGUCAGCCACCCCCGGGACCUCCCCCAAAUGGCGCUGGUGUUCAUCUUCGUCAACGAGGCGCUGUCCGUCAUCCUGCGCUCGCUCCACUCGGCCGUCAAUCACACGCCGGCGCACCUGCUCAAGGAAAUCAUCCUGGUGGACGACCACAGCGACGACGAGCAGCUGAAAGGACCUCUGGAGGACUACGUGAAUAAGCGCUACCCGGGACUGGUCAAGAUCGUCAGGAACCACAAGAGGGAGGGUCUGAUCCGGGCCAGGAUCGAGGGCUGGAAGGCGGCCACCGCCGAGGUGACGGGAUUCUUCGACGCCCACGUGGAGUUCACGCCCUUCUGGGCCGAACCGGUUCUGACCCGAAUCAAGGAGGACCGCAAGAGGAUCGUCCUGCCGUCCAUCGACAACAUCAAGCACGACACCUUCGAGGUGGAGCGGUACGAGAACUCGGGCCACGGCUACAACUGGGAGCUGUGGUGCAUGUACAUCAGCCCGCCGAAGCAGUGGUGGGACGAGGGCGACGUGGCGGCGCCCAUCAGGAGUCCCGCCAUGAUUGGCUGCUCCUUCGUGGCCAACCGGCUCUUCUUCGGCGAGCUGGGCCUGCUGGACCCUGGCAUGGACGUCUACGGGGGAGAGAACAUCGAACUGGGCAUCCGGGUGUGGACGUGCGGGGGCAGCAUGGAGGUGUUGCCGUGCUCGCGCGUGGCUCACAUUGCCCGCGUAAAGAAGCCGUACCACAGCAACAUCGCCUUUCACAUGCGGCGCAACGCCCUGCGCGUGGCCGAGGUCUGGAUGGACCGCUUCAAGUCCAACGUCUACCUGGCCUGGAACAUCCCCAUGGAGAAUCACGCCAUCGACUUCGGAGACAUCGCUGAGAGGGUGGCGCUGAGGAAGAGCCUACGGUGUAAGAACUUCCAGUGGUACUUGGACAACGUUUACCCCGAGAUGAGGACGUACGACGACACGCUCUACUACGGCGAGAUCCGCAAUUCCAAAGUGAGCCACCUGUGUUUGGACCAGGGCGUGAAGGAGAACCACACGGCCACGUUGCACCCCUGCCAUGGCUGGGGUCCCCAGGUAGUUAGGACGUUACACCAAAGAGGGUCGCCUGUUCCUGGGCCCUCUGGGCAGCACCGGAUCGGACACGCGAUGCGUGGCGGACGAUCCCGCCAGCGCGUCGCCGCAACUCCUGGACUGCGACAAAGACGAGGGCCAAGACCGCACCAAGUGGAUUUUCACUCAGGGCGGUUCUCUGAUGAACUCCGCCACCGGCCGCUGUCUGGAGGCGGUCCCGGCCAACGUGUACUUCGGCCACCAGGCGGUACUGCGGCCUUGCUCCGGGCAGCGCUGGACUAUGAAGAACACCAUGACGCCGCAGCGGACAGAGGCCUAACGGUGGCGCUGAUGUUUGGGAUUUUGCCGUGAACCGGAGAAGGCGGCUGCUGGGGCGUCACACUUUCGGAUAAUUAGACUCCCGGGGACGUCGGUGACGAUCUCCUGGGCUACGACGUUGACAAAAUUUGGGGAUGGACUUCUACGGAACGCCGUCUCGGAUCGGGACCUGAAACGCGGGACAGUGCACUGGGAACCAAAUGGAAGCAGAGGAGUCGUGUGAAAGAGGGCCCUUCCGCUCGGAAGCAGACGGUCUCCGCAGGGUUUUUUUUGGGGCCGCCACGGAGAGGUUUCACAUAAAGAGAAUUUAAAACCAAAUGAUUCAAAUUCUGACUGAGCGUAAACGCUGAACGUAGUGGCUGUAAUUAGCGAGAACCCUGCGCUCCCAUCUUGGGGUCAUUUUUUUUUCCCCUCUCUCCAGUGGCACAGCUUUCAUUUCCGGCUUCUUGGGUUGGCCGUGCUGAAGCCGUUUGGGGGGCUCGGUUUGCCUCAUUUGCGGCCUGCGGCGUCGUACUACGCAGAGCGGCAUCGGUGGUUUUGUUGUCCAUAAUGUCUGAUGUUGUUUCGUUAUUCAGCCCGUUUUUUUUUUUAUUACAUAUUUUCGCGGAGCUUGCGGGAGUACCUUUUGUUGCGCUUCACUUGACCAAGUUGAGUGUUUCGAAAGAUGCAAUGGCGGAUGCCGCAAAUUUUCAAAAUAAAACUUCCUUUAGAUUGCGAUGAUCAAUUAGAUAUUUUGGGGUGAGUCCCAGGUAGCGGUCAACAGGCUGGCGGUUGGAGAUCAUUUCGUAAUGUUUGUAAACAACAGAGGGAGUGGGAUAGUUCCAGGUGGCGCAAAAUGGCUGAACUGCACUGAAAACCACACACACACACAAAAAAAAAUCUGCAGAUUUCUUUUAAAAAAACAAAAUCUAAAUAAAUCCAGCAGAAUCUGGCCUCCCAAGAUGUCCAAUAAUUAUCCAGUCAGACGUUAACGAGACCUGACUUUCGACGAUCUCUCAUUUGGAAUCAAAUCGACUUACCCGCUGAAUUGUAAACUGCAGGCCGGCUGACACUUCACACAUUCCGACUCAGGCGAAUCGAGGAGGCUCACGAUCACGCGAGCGAUCGCCGCGGUCGUCGUUGCCUUGCUCAACGGUUUCGUUUACUCGAACGCUCCGUCCGUCUUUUGCCACCUGUGACGUCACGGUGAAAAAGUUUGUCGUUCAUCGUGGCCAAAAGUACUUUUGAGACAUUGCAAUGUAUCCCAGUGAACGAUUGUAUUGUUAUGAUGUCACUUCCUGUGCCAACCAAAAACAGUCUUCCAAUAAA